AUGAGUGAGAUCAGUGAAGAAUUUGUAGGUGUGUGGAUAAAGCAUAGAAUAAGUUUUUCCAAGUACAAUUUUAAGGAUAUAUGGAAAAAUAAUUAUAACAAAAUAAUUCAUAAAUGGAUAAAUAAUAUUAGCUCUAAAAUAUUAUUUAUAUAUUUAAAAGAAAGUGAUGAAAUUAAAUUAAAUUUUUCUUUUGAUUUUCCAAGUGAAAUAAUAGAUGAAACAAUUGAUGAAUAUAUAGUAUUCUUAAAGAUUAAUAAUAAAAAAAUAACAUAUGAUAAUAUAGACAGUAUAAUUUUAUAUAACAAAAUAAAAUAUAAAAUAAAGGAGAAUAUUUUAAAUUUAAUGGAUAGAGUAUUUAUUCCAACUAUAGAUAUGAAAAGCAACUCUCCAACAAACAUACAAAAUGAUUUUAAAAUUACAACCAUCGAUUUCAUGUCCUACAUAACUCAACUAUUUUCAAAAAAUAAAAUAAUUUAUUAUCCGAAAAUUUCUGUUGAUCAAAUUCAAUCAUUUGCAUCUGAUAAAAAUUACCUUCAGUUACUAGAAAAAUUACUAUAUCAUUGGAUAGAAGAUGUGCAAAAAUUAUUCAAAAAUAUUUAUGAUAAAGAUAUAAAGUAUUUGUCUUUGUGUGAAUACAUUUCUGAUGUAGAGAAAAAACAUAAUAUUUUAAAAGAUCUUUUAGAGGAAUUUAAUUUAGAUAUAAUAAAUUGUAUUUUAAAUGUUUUAGAAAAAAAUAAUUGUGCGAAUGUAAAAAAUUUUAAUUCUUUAAUAAUAAAAAUAAAAAAUAAAUGCGAAAAAUUAGAAGAAAAACUAAAAGCAUUAAAAAUUUUGGAAGAGCCCUUUAAGAACUUGCAAGAUAAUGUAUCUUUAGAAAAUGUAUACAAUAUUUUACCUAUCAUUGUAAAUAGAUUAAAAUUAAUUUUUAACUUUUCAAAAUAUUACAAAAAUUCGGAUGAAGUAAAUAAUUUAAUUACAUUACUAUUAAAUGAAUUUAUCAAAAAGUUACAAAAUUAUAUUGAUCUUUCAAAAUUGUACACAAAGGAAGUUAAAGAAUUGUCAGAAACAUUAGAUGAAUGUAUUAACUUUGUUUCUUAUUGGGACUAUCUUAUAAAUAUUUCAUUUAGCAAAACAGAUGAAAAAAAUAAAACAGAUGAUUCAAUCAUAAACCACAUUAAUUUGUCUAAUAUUAUAUCAUUUAGAGACAAAUGUAAAGAUUUAAAAGAAAUUUGUUUUGCCUGUGAACAAUUUUUAUUUUGUAUUAAAGAAGAGGAUAUAAAAACAUUUAGUUAUGAAUAUUAUCAUAUAAUUAAAAAAGGAUUUAAUGAUAUAGAAUCAACUUUUUUCAAUGAAUUAAAAAGGAUUCGCAGUUUAAAAUAUAACAUAUUAAGUAUAAAUAAUAACGAAUGGGACAAAGAUUUCAAAAAAACAAAAGAAUUAAUAAAAGUUUUAGAAAAUAUAUUUAUAAAUUUAAUUAAAAUAUCAUUUGAAAAUUCAAGCUCUAUUGAAAACACAAUUUUUCUAUUCGAUAAAUUUUACAGUAUAGCUAUCACUGAAAAUAUAAAAUCAUUCAUGAGCAAAAAGGUAAUAGAUAUAUGGUGUCAUUUUACUAAAUAUAUUGAAUCUUAUUCUAAAUAUUUUAAUAAUUUUCUUGAUAAUCCAUUUAAUUAUUUCUCGCAUAAUAUAAGAUAUGAAUAUCAUUCUUCAUGUAUCAUGCUUGCCAAAAAUAUCUGCAUAAAAUUAUAUAGAAUUUUUGAAAAAUUAAAUAAACUAUAUUAUAUUCCUAAAGUAAAAGAGCAAGAAAUAGCCUAUGAAAAAUAUUUUAAUUUUCAGAAUUCUUUAAAUAACUAUAUAAAGCAAAUUAAUAAUAUAUGGAUAAAUGAAUUAAAAACCAUUUCAUCUAAAAGAAAUAAUUCUCUCGUUAAUACACUAUUAGAUAAUUCUAUUAUAGUAAAAGUAAAAGAAAAAUAUUUAGAGAGUACAUAUAAUAUAGAAAUUAAAAAAGUAUUAUCAGAAGUAAAUUUUUGGGUAAAAAUAAAAGAUGAAAAAAUAUUUUUACCAAAUGUAAUAAAUGAACUAUCAUUUCAUGAAGACAGAUUAAAAAUAAGCAAAGAAUAUGUAAAUAGACUUGUAAGAAAUUAUAAUAAUAUUUGUAUAAUGCUAAAUAGUGAUCAGUAUAAAAUAUUUGAAUAUGUUUUAAAAAACAUUUAUAAUAAUAUUGAAAAUACUGUUUUUAAAUACAAUUGGAAUAAAGACAAUAUAAAAUUAAAUAUUCUGUUCAAUUUCCUUAAUGAAUGCAUUAAUAUAAAAGCGAUAAUUGCAACAUUUAAAAAUAAUGAUGAAAAAAUAAAAGAAAUUUUAAAUGAAAUAGAAAAAAUAUCAAUAAUAGCAAUUGAUGAAAAAAGAACUUAUACAUUGGAAGAAUUUGAAGAAGAACAGAAUAUAAAUAUAGAAAGAAUAAGAAGCAUAUUAAGAGAUAAGCAUAGUAGCAUCACAAAAAUUCUAAAAGAAAUUCUUGUAUAUAUUGAAAAAUUUUCAACAAAAAGUUUAAAUUCCUUUGAAAAUUAUAUAAAGAAUAUUGAAAAAAAUUUUCAAGAAAAAUAUUUUAUAUCUCUAAAAGUUUCUUUAUAUAAUUAUUACAAAUUAUUAACUGAUAAAAUCAGUAAUGAUGCAGUAGAAAAUUAUCCAUUAUUUAAAAUUUAUGUAAAAUUAAAUAAAGAUAAAGAAUUGAUAUACGAUUUUUCACACCAAUCAGCAAAAAAUCUAACAGAUGAAAUUUAUAAAAAAGCAUCAGAUAUGUUUUUUAAUUUCCCUAAAUUUAGUUUUGUUAUUUUUAAAAAUAGACAGAAACAAAUUAAAAAAAGGAUUGCUUUUGUAUUUAAUACUCCAAAUUCGAAUGAAAAAGAUAUGCUCAAUGAUGUUAAAGAUAAUCAGCUGAAAAAAAAUGAUAAUUAUAACCAAUGCAAUAAAUUACUAAAUCAAAUAAAUAAUAUAUAUGUUAAUUUUAUGGAAAAAUUAAAGGAAAAAAUUAAAUGGCUAAAACAUUAUAAUUUGAAGUUACUGAAUUUAAAUGAAAAUGAAUUAUUAAAGAACUUACAUUCUUCUGAAGAUACUAUGAAAUAUGUUUACAAUCAAAUUAAUGUUUUUAAAAAUUUAGAAGAAAAUAUUAAGCAGGAUAUUGAUAAGGAAAUUAUUUUGUUUAUUGAAAUAAAUCUAAGUAUUUUGAAAGAAGAAUUGUUAUCAGAUUUUACUAGAUACAAAAACUUAUUUUUAGAAUAUAUUAGUGAUAAGUGCAAAAAAAAAUUAGAAGAAUUAUAUGAUUUUUUUAGAGAAAAUAGUAAUAAUCUGUUAAAAAUGCCAGUAGACAUAAAUGAUUUAAAAAAACACAACGAAUUAUUAGAAUAUUGCAAUAAAAACUAUAUAAAAAAUAAAAAAGAUCUAGAUAAAUUAGAAGAAGAUUAUUUAAAAUUAAUAGAAUUAAAAGGAGAAUUAAAUGAAGAUGAAAUAAUGAAAUUAAAAACUUCUUCAACUUUAUCAAGCAAAUUUGAAUCUUUAUUAAAAGAAAGUAAAAUAAUGUACUUAGAUACAAAGGAAAAAAUGAAGAACGAAAUUAAAAACUCCUAUAAUGAAUUUAAUAAUCUAUGGCAAAAAAAAAAAUCAUUAUUUUACAAAGAAAUACCUGUUAAUAUAAAUAAUAAUCCCAAUGAUGUAUUGAAUAUGAUAAGCUUUUAUGAAAAUGAUUUAAAAAACAUUAAAAGGAUUCAAGAAAGUUUAAAAAAUAAAAUAAAUUUAUUUAAUAUAGAUGAUGUUUGUGAUGAACAAAUAAAAGAAAUGCAAAUAGAUUUAAGUCAUUUAAAGAAUAUGUGGCAAAUGAUUAAAUAUUGGCAUACUAUUUUUGAUUUUAUUAAGAAUGUUAAUAUAUUUUAUUUAUAUGAUAUAUUAAAUGACCUAAUUACGAUGAUAAAAGAAUAUAAAAAACAAAAUUUGUGUGAUGUUUUAUCUUCUUUAGAAGAGGAGAAAGCUGAUGGACUCUUGGAUAAUUCAAAUAUAAAUAUAGAGAUAAAAAUUAAUGGAGAUCUUAAAGAAACUGAAAAUGAAGUGAAAAUCGUGAAUAAAGAAAAAAUUGAAUACAUUAAUGAGAAAGAGAUAACUGAACAAAAUGGUGCGAAGAAUUUAAAUAUAAAAACAUUUUUAAAUCAAUUGAAAAUGCACUUCAUAGAUAUUUUUGAACAAUUUCUAAUAACCAUGAAAAGAAGAAAUACUUGGGAAAUAUAUAAAGAAUUAAAAAAUAAUGUAGGUAAAUUAAAAUUUUCAUUAAUUCUUGUUGAAAUUUUCACUAGUGAAUGCAUGAAAUUCAGACAUUUUAAGGAAAUCGAGUUAAAAACAAAUAUUGAAUGGAAUCUUAGUAACAUAACCUUAAACGACAUAAUAGAACAUAAAUUAUAUAAAGAAAUCAAAUUUAUAACAAUUUUAUAUAAUAAUGCAGAAAAAGAAUUAAUAAUAGAAAAUAACUUGAAGAAAAUAAUUAAUAAAUAUGAAAAUAUGAAAAUAAAAGUUCAGAAUUAUAAAUCUACCUUUUUAAUUCAUGGAAUUGAUAACAUUUUUAACAACAUCAAUGAAGAUUUAUUUUUGUUAAAUAAUAUAAAAAUUUAUAAUUUUGAUAUAAAUUUUUUAAAAAAAACAGAAAAAUGGGAAAAUACAUUAGGUAAUUUAUAUGAUAAUUUGGAAAUUUUAUAUUUUAUACAAAACAAAAAUGAAUAUUUAAGAUCAAUUUUAUCAUCUUCUGAUGAAAUGAAGCCACAUUUAAAAAAAAUAUAUGAAGAAUACAAUACAUGCAAUCAAAGAUUUAUAAAAAUGAUAAAAAGUUUUGAAAAUUGUUAUAUAUUAGACAAAAUAAAUAAUAAUGAUAAUGUAAGAAUUUUUUUACAAAUACAAAAGCAACUGAAUUUCAUUGAAAAAUCUCUGGAAACCUAUUUAGAAAAAAAAAAAAGUUCUUUCCCUCGUUUUUAUUUUUUAUCUAAUAAGGAAAUUUUAGAAAUUUUAGGAAUUUAUAAAAAUCCUUUAUUGCUAAAAAAAAAAAUACAAAAAAUUUUUUCUUCCAUAUAUUCUAUUGAAUUUUUACCAACUGAAAAAAAAACACAUUAUCAAAAAAAUAAUUCAAAGAUAGCUACAAUACAAGAUACUAACAAAGGUAGUUUUAGUUUUAUAAAUAAAAAGAAUUAUUCUAAAAAUUCUUCUAAUUUUAAUACAAGUGAAAAAUCAAUAAACAGAGAAAGAUGCCAAGGGGAAGAUAAUCUUAGAACAAAUGAAGGUAGUUGUUAUAAUAUAGAUAAUUUCAAUAAUUCAUCCUAUUUUGAUAUUAAUAUUUUUUCACAAUACAAUGAAAAGGUAAAACUGAAAAAAAAAAUGACAUUAAAUUAUGAAUCGUCGACCAUUAUAUUAAAAAAAUUAGAAGAAAAUAUAUAUGAUACAUUGAAAAUAGAUUUAGUAAAUGUGCAAUUAGAAUUAAAAGAAAAAAAUUUAAAGAACUGGAUUUUAAAUAACACUCAGCAACUCGUCCUAGCUAGUAAAUGCAUCAAUUUUACAAAUGAUUACGAAUAUUUUCUAAUACAAAUAAACAAAGGAUCACAUAUAUUUGUGAAUCAAAUGAAAAAAGAAAACAAUAAAGAAUUAAUAUUUUUGACUGACUUAAUAAAAACAAUAAAAGAUAAGAAAAAUUUUAUAAAAAUCAGUGCCCUAAUAAUAUUAGAAAGUUACUAUAAAGAUGUUGCAGAAAAGUUGAUAAAAAAUAAAAUAGAAUGUAAUGAUAAUUUCUUAUGGCUGUGCCAACUGAAAUAUAUUUUAUCUGAGGAUGAAAAUAAUGAAAAUUUGAAUUUUACAAAAAUACUGUCAUCCAAUAAUAUAGUUGAUAAAAAUGAUAACAUGGAGAAUCAAACAAAAAAUAUUUAUAAAAAAUAUAAUAGCAAACAUGAGUUAGAUCUAGGCAUAUCCAAUGAAAAAAAUGUAAACCUAGAUGAUGAUUUUAUAAACACAAAUGAUAAAAAAAAAAAUAGAGGUAAUUUAGUUGCAAAAAUAAUAAGCAGCAAAAAUGGCAUAAAAGGAAAAAAUGAAAACCAGGAAAAAUCAAAUAAAAAUAAAAUUAGUAAAAAGAAUUAUAAUAACUUAAGUACAAAUAUCAGAGGAAAUAUUGCUUAUAAUAGAAAAAGUAUAAAACAGCAAAGUUAUGCAAAAAAAAAAAGUUUACAUUCAAAUGAGAAAAAAUACUCACAUAAGAAAGAAGUCGAUCAAAAGAAAGAAGAAGAACAAAGAGAAAUAGGAAAAAAAGACAAAAAUAAAAAAAAAGAAGUAAAGCAUAAAACAGAUGAAGAAUAUGAAAAAGUAAAGAAAGAAGAAAAACUGAAUGAUGAAGAAGAAGACGAAAAAGAUAUAUCAGAAGAACAAGAGGAAUAUGAAGAGGAACAAGAAGAUGAAGAUGAGGAAAGAGAAUGUGAAGAGGAAAGGGAAGAAGGAGAAGGAGAUGAGGAAUAUAAUGAAGAUUAUCAAGUAGAAGAAGAGAAAGAAAUAAAAGAAGGAGAAGAAGUAAAAUAUAUUGAAAAAGAAGUAGAUGAUGAGAGAAUAGCAAAAAAAGGAGUAUUACAAAAAAAAAUAAAAUCGAUAAAUGAUCAAUUAAUAGGGGAUAUUGAUAACGUAAUAGCAAAAGAUAUGGACAAAUUAGAAAAUAUAAAUAAUAAUGAUAUAACUAAUAAAAAUAAUAAACAACUUAAGUAUUUUAAAACUAUUAAUUUAAUGCUUAAUAAAUCAAUGACCUUAUAUUUGCAUUAUUUCAAUAAUAAAAAAAAAUACGCUUACGAAUAUCAAGGAAAUACAACUAGAUUGGUUAUAACACCUUUAACUGAAAAAUGUUUUUAUUCUUGUUUAUUUUCUUUAGAUAACUUUUAUGUAAAUGCUAUAAAAGGCGAAACAGGUGUUGGAAAAAGUGAAACAAUUAAAGAUUUUUCGAAAAUAUUUGGUAGCAAUAUUAUUUCAAUUAAUUGUAAUAAUAACAAUACUUCGAAAUAUAUAGGAAACAUUUUAUCUGGUAUCUUACAAUCUGGAUUCUGGUGCUGCUUUGACGAGUUUAAUAGAAUAGAUGAAAGUGUUAUUGUCAUUAUUGUAGAGCAAUUUAGAUGCAUCAAACAUAUUUUACAAAAAUUUGAAUUUAAUAAUGAUUAUGAUAAAGAAUUAGAAAAUAUAAAUUAUGAAAACAUCUCUUCUUAUCAGAUGGCAAAAUGGAAAUUAAGCAGCGACGAAGAAAAUUAUAGUAUUAAUUCUUUUAAUACCUUAUAUGAUGAUUGUACUCUACCAUCUUCCAUAAAAAAAAAAGAAGAUAAACAAAAUACAGCAGAUGAAAACUUAGAUGAAAAUCAUAUUGUACAACAAAAGGAUGAAAAAAAUAAUAAAAAUAAGGAAAUAAAGUACAAAAACGAAUAUAAAGACACAAAAUUAAUUGAAAUAAAUUAUUUAAAUAAAUAUAAUAAAUCAAAUGAAUACAAUAAAUCAAAAGAAAUAUCAAAGAGAGAAAAUCAUAAUAAAUUAAUAAAUAGCAAUUAUGCUUAUUUUGAAGGUCAGUAUAUUAAGAUAAAUAAUAAUUGCUCAAUAUAUUUAACAUUAUGUAAAAAUAAUGACGAUUGCUUAUAUUCUCUAGAAAAUUAUAAUAAUGUCAUUCAAGAAUUUUGCUUUAAACCGCCAAAUUUUUACUUAAUUUGUCAAUUUUCUUUAACAUCCAUUGGAUUUAAAAAUUCUAAAAAAUUGUCAAAAAAAAUUAGUAUAUGUUAUAGCUUACUAUAUGAAUUUUUAUCUAAGCAAGAGCAGUAUAUAAUUGAUUUAAGAGAAAUAAAAAAAUUUUUAAAUUUAGUGUCUGAAGAUUUCAUGAUAAAUAAUAAAAUCAAAAGUGAAGAAGAAAUUAUAUGUGAUGCUUUAGUGGAAGUUAAUGAAUCUAAAUUAUUAAAUGACGAUUUGCAUAUAUUUUACAAUUUUCUAAAAGAACUCUUUCCUUUGGCAAAAAAUAAAUUAGAAAAAAAAAAAAAUAAUGAUUCAUCAGUAAAGUUAAUAACAGAUAUAAUGAGCAAUAUGGGUUACACAGUAAAUGACUAUUAUAUAAAUAAAAUAUUAAAAUUACAUAAAAUUAAAAAAACAAAUAAAGGAAUUGUUUUAGUAGGAAAAUCGUGUAGUGGCAAAACAAGUGUAAUAAAUAUUUUUAAACAUUAUUGUGAAAUUUCAAAAAAUUUAAAGAUGCGAGAAAAUAGCAAUGUAGAGGAGGAAAGUUAUGAUACAAACUUACUAUAUAAAAAUAAGUGUACUAUUUAUCAAGAAAACGAAUAUGACUAUAAUAAAGGUAAGUUAAAUAACUGGAAUGAAGAAUUUUCAUGUUCAAAUCAAAUAAAUAUUCCUAUGCAUUCUCCUAUGACAAAUAAAAGUGCAUAUGAUAGCUAUACACUAUUAUAUCCAACUAAUUUAUUUUAUAACAAAUACAAAAAUCAAGGAAAUACAAAUGCUUUUACAAAUAACGUAAGUACUAAGAAAUUGAGUAAGAUAAGUAGUUCUUAUUCCAUGCAAAGUAAAAAUUCUUCAGGUACAUUACUUGAUUUUUCACAAAAAUAUAAAAAAAGUACUGAUACAAAUGAUUGUUCUAUUGAAAUAACUGUUUUUAAUCCAAUGUCUACUGAUGUAAGGAAAUUAUAUGGGUACUAUAAUUUUGAAAAAGAAGUUUAUGAAGAUGGCAUUUUAUCUUUAAUAAUGAAGAGAUUAUUUGAAAAUAAUAAUUUAAAUGAAAAAUGGUUGGUAUUAGAUGGCCCUUUAGAUAUAUUAACCACUGAACCAUUGCAUUCUUUAUUAGAUGAAAAUAAAGUUUUAACUUUAAUAAAUGGAAAUAGAAUAAAAUUUGCAGAUAAUGUUUUCAUAUUCUUUGAAAUAGAAAAUUUAAAAAAUUGCGCGCCAUCAUUUAUAAGUAGAUCUAAAAUUGUUUAUAUGAAUGAAGAAGAAUUCAAUUUUGAGUGGAUAAUUGAUAGUUAUCUAAAUAGUAACUUUUUAAGUUUAGAAGAAAAAAAUUUAAUUCAAGGAUUUUUUAAUAAAUACAUUAAAAAAAUUAUGAAUGCUAGAAAAAAUAAAUUUAAAUUAAUUAUUGAUGUUAGUGAUGCAAGCAUUAUAAUUUCUGUUUGCCAAUUAUACGAUAUGCUAUGCUGUUUAUACGAUAAAAAUUUUCCAAAAAAUCUAAAUCCUUCUUUAUGUUUAGAAAAGUUAUUUCUUCAAUCCAUUAUUUACACUUUUUCUAAUAUUCUAUGCCCUAAAAGUAAAGAAUUGUUAGAUAACCUAAUCAAGAGUAUUGACAAUACAUUUCCUCAUUUACAUACAAUUUUUGAUUAUACAAUAAGUAAAAAUAAUUUUAAUUGGGUUUUAUGGGAUGAAUUAAUUACAACUAAUCAUAAUUUCCUUCCAAAUGUUAAGGAAAUUUUUUCCUAUGAAAAUUCUAUCUUUAAUAAAAACGAUAGUAAUAUGAAAUAUAUGGUUGAUAACUCAUUAAGUGAUACAUUGAACCAAGACAUGGAUUUUAACAAAUUUUUUUUAAGUAGUAAUUUAUAUUUUAGUAAGAAGUUUAAUAAAUAUCCUAUAAAUUAUAAUAACUUAUUUAGUGAUAGUGACAAAAAAAAUACAUUAAAUAUUUACCAAACUUAUCAUCAAAACUUCAUGUCAUCUAAUAUAGACAAUAUAAAUAAUAUGAGUGGAUUAGAUAAUUAUCAAAUGUUCAGUUCCUAUUCUAAUGAUAAUAUAUAUUCAAAUAAUAACUUUCUUGAUUCUACUUUCUUUAAUAAUUUUAGUCAAAAUUUAUCCAAUAAUAAUUUAUUUGAUAAUCAUAUUUCGGAUAAUAAUACCUAUGAUAAUAUAUUGUCUUAUCGAAAUAUAAAAAAAGAAAAAAACAACUUUCACAAUAUAAAUAAUAAUGAAGAUUUUAGCAUAAUAAAUGAAAAUUAUAUAGAAAGUUAUAAGAAAUUAUCUGUGAAAGAAAUUUAUAAACAAAAGGAAGAAUCAAAUGAAAAUAAUAUGCAAAAAACAAAAGAAAAAUAUUUUCAACAAAAAUUUAAUGGCAAUAUUUUUAUUGAGAAUGUGGAAUCUUUAAGAAAAAAAAAUAUUAUUAGUAUUUUGAUGUAUAACAAAAAAAACAUACUACUGAUUGGUAACAAAUUUAGCGGAAAAACUUUUUUUAUGAAAUAUAAUGUUUUACCUUUUAUUAAAGAUGAUAUAUCAAAUUAUUACACUUUCAUUUCUAAGUUGUCUAAUUCUAACAAGCUAGAAAAAAAAAUCGAAAUGAAUGUUGAAAAGAAGUGUAGGAAUAUUUAUAAGCCAAUUGAAAAUAAAAAAUGUUUAUAUUUUAUUUUGGAUGAUUUAAAUAAUCUUCAAAAAUAUAAUGAUACUGAUUCAAACUACUCUAAUAAUAUCAAGGAAAAUUUAUUAUUUGAUUUUAAUAUUAAUACAAAAAGUAUUUCUAAAAAUAAUAAUAAUUCGGUUUCCAAUUCUAGUAUUUUUGAAUUUCUUAAUCAGUUCAUUGAUUAUAACAUAUACUAUAAUAAGGAUAAUGGGUCUCUGAAAAAUGUAGAAAACUUGUUUUUCUUUUUAAUAUACGGUAAUAAUAAAAAAUAUGCUUCAACAUUUAAUAGAAAAUUAAUAAACAGGUUGCAUAUAGUGAAUUUAAAUGAGAUGGAUGAAGCAACUAUAAAAAAUACUUUUAAUGUUUUUUUAAGACAUAAAUUUUCUAAUUUCCACGAAGUAAUUAAAAAUUUAUCCGAACCUCUUUCUUCAUCUACUGUUCGCUUAUUUUUUGAUAGUGCAAAAAAUUUCAAACCAAAUUUAAAUUGCUAUCAUUAUUUUUUUCAUUUAACACAUAUUUUUAAAAUAAUCAAAGGGUUAUUUUUAUCUGAAGCUCCAAUUUAUGAAGAGAAAGAAAGUGUAUUAAGAUUAUGGGCACAUGAAUGCUUUAGAGUUUUAGGAGAUCAAUUAAUUUUAAAAAGUGAGAGAAAGAAGUUUAAAAAUAUAUUAAAAAAUAUUUUACAUAAAAAAUUCUAUGUUUAUUACAAUUAUUUAUUUCCUAAAAAAAAAACAUUUUAUUUUUGUUCUUACAAUUUCCAUGAUACCAAAAAUGAAAAGCCCUAUUUUUUCUAUCAAUCAGUAUCUAAUGAGAAAGUUUUAAUAGAGUUUUUUAAAAGUGUCAUUUCAUCGUAUAAUACUUUUGUUGUGUGUAAUUACGAUAAAAAAAAAAAAGAAUAUUUCAAGAGUCAUAGUACAGAUGUAGAUGCAGAAAGUCAAAAAAAAAGUAUUCUUCUGUCAAAUAAAAAAAAAGAACAAUUUAGAGAAAAAAGUAUAUACAAAAAUUUUAAAAGUAAUGCAAAUAAAAAUGAAAAAAAAAUAGAUACAACUUAUUAUACAAAUAACAACCUAAAUAAUACGGCCGAUUUAAAAGAAACAAUUGAUGUUUCAUUAAACAAGUCUUUCAAAACAUCAAAAGAAAUAGAAAAAUUAAUAAAUAAAAAUGAUAAUGAUUUCAAUUAUAUUAAUAAUCCCAUAAACUUUAUAUUAUUUAAAGAAGUUAUGUUAAAUAUAUGUAAAAUUUCUAGAAUUUUUCUUUUUGAGAAUGAACAUUUUAUUUCUGUUGGUGACAGUGGCCCAGGAAAAUUUACUUGUUGUUUAAUUGCAUGCUUCAUAUAUCAAAUUAAAAUUCACGUUAUUAAAAAUUUCUAUUACGGAAAUACAAAUAUGCAUACAUCAGAUGACGAAGAGAGCUUGCUUGAUGAAGAUACAAAUAAUUACUGUUCACUAGAAGAAAAUUUUUUUGAUAAUUCAUUGGAAGUUUUGAAAAAACAUGACGAAACAAAUGAAGAAAGUAAAAAAAUAAGUCAAGUGAAUGAAAAAAAUGAUGUAGGUAAACCAAAUGAAGAAAAUAAAAUAAAUAAUGUAUAUUUAAAUGAACAAACAUUUUUAGACAAUUCAAAUAAUGACAAUUUUAAAAAAAACAGAAGUUUAAAUUUUAUAGAUAGUAAAUUGAACGAUAAUUUAGAAUGUAAUAAGAUAAAUACUGAAAAAGAAGAUUCUAGUAAAUUAAAUAUGAAUUUCAUAAAUUAUAACAAAAAUUCUUCGCUAAGAGAAAAAUUAAAAUGCAAUUAUUUUAUAAAAAAAUUUAAAGAAGCUAUUUUUAACUGCUAUAAAAAUGAAAAAAGAUGCAUCCUUUAUUAUUUAGACGAUAGUAUGAAUGAUGACAUUUUGGAAUUUUUACAUGAAUUGUAUAACAAUGAACAUUUAAUAAAUAUUUUUAACAGUGAAGAAAUAGCAUUUUUAAAGAAUAUAUUUUUACAAAAUGAAAUCAGCUUUAAUAAUUUCGAUACUUUAGGUGAAAUGGUUGAAUAUUUAAUUAAACGAAAUUAUCACUACAUUUUAUUUACUUCAUUAAACACUAAAGUUUUUAGAAAAAUAUCUAAUGAAUAUAAUAUUAUAUUGAAAAAUUCGACUGUAAAUUAUUUUUGCCCUUGGAAAAAUACCUCUUAUGAUAUAAUAGCUCACGAAACACUUAAAUUAAACAGUUUUAAUAUAGAAAUAUUUAGUAAAUUACAUGGCACAGCAUUAAGAGCGUUUGAGGAUAUAAUUCUUCACUUUGAAGAAAAUAAAAACGAGGAAAAGAAAGAUAGUGAUUUCUUUUUAAAUGAAUUCAUUAAGCACAUGGAAUGUAGUGACUAUAAUAAUAAAAAUGCAAGUGAAAAACAAAAGAGUAAUCUACAAUAUAGUAACCAAUUUAAGAAAUGUGAUGCAAAUGUAACAAUAUGUAAACCUAGAAAUGUGCUAUUAGAAAAUGAUAAGCAUUCUCUAUGUAUUAACAAUAGUUUACAAAUGGAUACCAAUGACAAUUACACCAUAAACAAUAGCCAAGCAAAAAUUAGUGUACAAAACAAAAAAACUAUUAGUGAUGGAUUAGAAGAAAAUUUAAUAGAAGAAGAAAAAAAUGAAGAAGAAGAAAAUAAUAUAAAAUAUAUAAAAAAUUCUAAAAUAGUAGAGGAUAAGCUAAAUAUACAAAAAUACAUUAAUUUUAAGCAUUUUUUUAAUUUUUUACAAUUUUUUGAACAUUUGCAUAAGAAAAAAUCAGAAGAAACAAAUAAUCAAGAGAGAAAGAUUAAUAUAGCUUUAAGAAAGUUAGCAGAUGCAAGAAAUGAAAUUCAAGAAAUGCAAAUUCAAUUAAGCUUACAAAAAGAAAAUAUAUCUAAAAAGCAAACAGAAUGUGCUCAAUUACUAAAAGUAAUAGAAGAAAAAAAAAAAGAAUCUAAUGAAAAGAAAAAAAAAAUACAAGAAGAUAGUAUUAGAAUAUCAAGUGUAGAAAUAGAAACUCAAAAAUUAGCCGAAGAUGCAAGAAAAGAUUUACAAAAUGCUAUACCAGAACUAGAGGUUGCAACACAAUCUCUAGAGCAAUUAGACAAAAAAAGUAUUUCGGAAGUCAAAGCUUAUACAAAACCACCUGAUCUAGUAAUGCAAACUUUAUCAAUUGUAAUGAUCAUUUUAAAUAAAACUCCCAGUUGGGAGCAAGCAAAAAUUGAGUUGGGUGACGCAAAUUUUCUUAAUAAAUUAAAAGCCUUUGAUAAAGAUUCUAUAUCCGAUAAAACAUUAAAAAAAAUUGAAAAAUUUACAAAAAACCCAAUAUAUUCACCAAAAGCAGUCAAAAAAGUUUCUGCAGCUACUGGUGCAUUGUGUAUGUGGGUUCAUGCAUUAAAAAUGUACGCAGAAGUAUACAGAGAAGUAGCACCAAAAAGAUUAAGAUUAAAAUUAGCUGAAGAACAAUUAACUAAGAAUAGAAAUGAAUUAAAAUUAACAAUGGAACAACUUAGUGAAAUUGAAAAAACAUUGUUACAGUUACAUGAACAACAUAAUGAGAGUACAAAAGUAAAUAAUGAACUAAGUAAGUCCUAUGAAGAAUCAUGCUUAAGAAUUGAAAAUGUUGAAAAAUUUUUACUUAAUUUAAUAGAUGAAAAAAAUAGAUGGCAAAAAUAUAUUAAAGAUAAUGAGCGCAUUAAAAAGUGUAUAUAUGGAGAAUCUAUUUUAUCUUCCUUUUUUUUAGUCUACACUGGUUUAUUAAAUUAUGAAGAUAGGAAAUAUUUAAUUUAUGAUAGAUGUGUGAAUUUGUUAUUAAAAAAUCAUAUUUACGUUAAUACAAAUUUUAAUGUUGUUGAUUAUUUUAUUGAUCCUAUUCAAUCAUUAGAAUUUAAUACUAAUUUUCUGUCUAAUGAUAUUUAUAUGAAAGAAAAUUCUAUUCUUAUUAAUAAUAAUUUUAUUGCUACUCUUAUAGUCGAUCCUCAUUAUCAGGCAACUAACUGGAUAAAGAGAAGUUAUAAUAAUAAUGAUGAAAUGCUAGUCAUUUCUGACUUUCAUGGUUCAGAUAUAUUUUUUAAAAUAAUUUAUUGUAUGAAUAAAGGAAUAGCUUUAUUAAUAAAUUACAUUAAUGAAGAACUAGAAGAUAUUUUACUUUUAACAAUUAAAAAAUAUAAUAAAUUUAUUUUAGAUAAAGAAAAUAGCACAUUAUUCGAUUUGAAAGAUCAUUCUACUAAAAAUAAUUCUUUAAUAAAUGAAUACAUAAUCAGAAAGAAAAAAUUAUAUAAAAAUUACUGUAAUAAUAAAAUGGUUUAUGAAGAAAAAAAAUAUUGUAUGAAAUUACAAUUAUUGAAUAAUAUUAGUAUUCAUAGAAAUUUUAAAUUGUUUUUAAUUUCUAAUAAAAAUUGUUUUAAUUUGGAUCCCUUGUUUUAUACAUUAACUACUGUUAUUGUAUUUAAUUUAAACAAGGAAGCCCUAGAUAACAUUUUAUUAACUGUUAUAAUAAAUAAUGAAGAAAAGAACUUGGAAGAUGAAAAAAAAGAAUCUUUGUUACGCCUAGUUCGUAUUAAAAAAGAAAUAAUAAAAUUAGAGAAUAAUGUACUAGAAAACAUAACUAAAAGCCAGAAUAAAAUUACAGAAGAUGAUAAUUUAAUAAAAAUUCUUUUAAAAUCAAAGUCUGAAAUAGAUGAAAAAAAUGGAUAUUUAGAAGAAAUUAAUGACACACUUAAUAGAAUUAAUAUGAAUAAAGACCUUUUUAAACCUUUAGCAAAAAAGGUGUCUAUACUAUUUACAAUAUUAAAUGAUUUAAAAUAUGUAAAUAAUUUUUAUCAAUUUUCUUUGGAUAAUUUUAUCAAUUUUUUUAUUUAUAACGUUACUGAUUUUAAAAAAAAUAAUAAAACAUUAUCAUGUUCUGCUGUUGAAAGGCAAGAAAAAUUAUUUAAUUAUUAUUUUUAUGAAUUUAUAAAAUAUACCAAAGUUUCUUUAUCAAAUAAGCAUCAUUUAUUUUUUAUUUUUUACUCUUUAUGUAAAAUUAUGGUAUUCGAAAAUAAAAUAUCUCAAGAGGAUUACAAUUCCUUUAUAUUUGGAAAUCAGACUAACUCUGAAACUCUACACUCAAGAUACAUGAAAAAAAAAGUAACAGAAGAAGAUAUAAAUAGUACAAAUGCUCAAUUAAGUAAUAAUGAUAAAAGAAAAAAAUGUGAUAGAAAGAAAAAGAGUAAGAGAAAAGUAAAACACAAUGACGAAGAGGAACAAGAAAAAAAAGGAGAAAAUAUUUCUGAUUCUUAUGAUUAUGUAGAUGACGAGGAUAUUAAUAAUAUUGAAAAUGAUGAGGAGGACUAUGAUGAAGAAGAUGGCUAUGAUAUUGAAGAAAAUGAUGUUGAUGCUGAUGAAAAUGAUGGUGAUGAUAAUGAAGGUAAUGAAUAUGGCAGCAAUGAAGAUGAAGAGGAAAAUGUUGAUGAUGACAUAAAAAAUGAUGAUUUUGAGAUAGAAAAAAUUAGCUUAGAAGAGAAAAAUAAUAAUAAUGAUGAUAAUGCAGAAAAAAUGAGAAGUAAUAUCUAUACAGAAAGUAGCAAAAAAAAAAGACAAAGUAAAAAAAAAAAAUAUAAUUUGCAUAACAAAUUAUCGAAUGAAUAUAUGGAAGAUAAUUUCUAUGAGGAUUAUUCAGAAUUUAGUAAUUUGAAUAACAAGUGCACCACAGAAAAUGAAGAAAAACAUGUUGAGAUCAUAAAUCCAGGAAAUGAUUGGAUAAGCGAUAAGCAGUGGAUGCAUUUAUUAGAUAUUGAAAAAUUAAAAAAUUUUGAAGGCUUCAUCAAUUCUUUCAUUAAAUCGAUAAGAGAAUGGAGAAGAUGGUUUAAUUUUUUAGAAGUAGAAAAUUAUGUGUUACCAGAUGAAUGGGAAUUAAAUUUAAAUUCUUUUCAAAAAUUGAUUAUAAUUAAAAUUUUACGACCUGAUAGAUUAAAUAAAGCUAUAGAGAAUUUUAUAUAUGCUAAUAUUUCAUAUAAUGAUAUUGAAGUAGAUCACAUGAAUUUUGAGUAUAUAUUAAAGCCUUCUAAAAAUAUUGAACCUAUUGCUAUAAUUUACAAGAGCAAUUAUGAUCCUUUUCAAUAUAUUUAUAAAUACGCACUUGGCAAUAAUCAAAAACUAAAAAAUUUAACGUUAACUAAUCAAAAUAUAAAUUUUGUAUAUAAUUAUUUAAAAGAUGCAAUGGAAAAAGGGCACGUUCUUUAUAUAUCAAACUUGCAUAAUUCUGUUGAUAACUUAUUAAAAUUAACAAAAAUAUUUGAAAAUAUAUUAAAUAGUACAACUACGCUAUUUAAUAGUUCCGAAGAUGCCAAUUUUGAUAACAAAGAUCAAGUCAAUUCUACUCAUGCUUUUGUAAAUAAUAGUGAUGAAAACAAUAAAGAAAAAAUUACACUCACGGAAGAGGAAGAAAAAGAAGUAAUUAGAAAAGAUAUAGAAAUAACAAGUAAUGAUGAAGAUAUAAAAAAAAUUGAGGAAGAAAAAACGAUCAAUAGUUAUGAAGGUGAAGUAAUAAAAGGAGAGAAAAUUAAAAUACCAAUAUAUAUAGAAAAGGAAGGAUCUUUAGAAGAUGUAGAAGGAUAUAAUGCAUUGAUAGAAGAGGAUUACAGUACAACUUAUUCUGAUAAUUUUAAUAAUCUAUUAAAAAAAAAAAAAAAUAAAAUAAAGGUUCACCCAAAGUUUCGUUUAUUCUUAUCAUCUUUACCUACUGAAAAAUUUCCAAUUUCUUUAUUACAAAAGAGCGUUAUUGUUAUUUUAGAAGAACCUCAUAAUAUUAAAAAAAGUAUUUCUAUAUUAGUUAAAGAACAAUGGGCAUUAGAAGAAAAUAAAAACAUUCAAUUGAAUAAAUAUAAAAAAUUAUUGAUAAGUUUAUUUUGGUUCCAUUCUAUUUUAAAUAAUAGGAAAAAGUUCUAUAAUUUAGGAUGGAAUACUGAGAAUUAUUUUUUCAGUGAUAAAGAUGUUAUAUUAAGUAAAUAUAUUUCAAGAAUAUUUUUAAAUAAAAAUGUAAAAGAAAUUUAUUGGCCUUACUAUCAUUAUUACAUUUGUGAUAUUAUAUAUGGUUCAAAAAUUAAUGAUUAUUUUGAUAAACAACUAUUAAAUAUAUACGCAAAAGAAUUUUUUAAUAAUAAUAUAUUUAAAGGAAAAUAUAUUUUUUCUAAUUCUACAAAUUAUUAUUUACCUAGUGAAGUUGGCAAUGAAAAAAUACUUAGCAAUUAUUUAAAAGAUAUUCCUCAUAAUGAUAGCGUGGAAAUAUUUGGACAAAAAACGUAUUCGGAAAUUUCAUUCAAUUCAAUUGCGUCACAAGAAAUUAUUUCUUUGUUAUUCAAUGUUAAUUCAUUGCAUUUGAAUCAUUAUCAUAUUUAUAAUAGUACUAAUAAUAUUAAUGAAAAACAAGUGUAUUAUUUUACUAAAAUAUUACUAAAUAAUUUACCUCGUGAAAUAUAUCUAGAUGAAUUAAUGAGGAAGCAAUAUAAUCAAGAUCAGUAUAUUUAUGUAAAUUUAAUGUUUCAAGAAAUAUACAAACAUAAUUUAAUUUUAAAGAAAGUUCGAAGUUCUCUUAACAAAGUCCAAUGUGCUUUAAAAGGUGAAAUAGUCAUAAAUAGAAAAAUUUAUGAAAUAAUAAAAUAUAUAGGCGAUGGCUUAGUGCCUAAAUCAUGGAAAACAGUGUAUGUAUCAAAGAAAAAAAUUCUUAAUUUUUUCGAAGAUUUAAAAGAAAGAGUAAAUCAAUUAUAUGAAUGGAGUAUUAAUGGUCAUUUGCAAAUUUAUUGGCUAGGAGGAUUUUGUAACCCUAAAAGUUUUUUAAAAUAUAUUUUACAUGAAUAUUCUAAAAAAAAUGAAAUUAGCUAUGAUUUAAUAACAUUUGAAUUCACAUCAGUUAAUAAAUCUGAUGAAAAUAAACUAAAAAAUAAAGGUAAUGAUGAAGGAAUUUAUAUAAAAAAAUUAAUUUUACACGGUGCUAAAUGGGAUUUUAUAAGUCAAUCAUUAAUGGAAACUGAUAAUAAUAAUUUUUAUUUUAUUAUUCCAAUCGUUUAUCUGAAAGUUGUAUUAAAAAAAAAAAGCAAGAAUGAUAAUGAUAUAUAUUACUGUCCCCUAUACAUAUGUCAAGAAAAAAAUAUUAUUGAUAUAAAAGAAAAUUAUUUACUCCAGGUAGGGUUAAAAGCAGGUUCUAAAAAUCCAUCUGAGUGGGGAAAAAUGGGUGUUCGUUUAUUUCUCACAAAUGAAUGUUAA